AACCAGGACUAGAAUGGAUUGGAUGGGAGAGAGCUUAGAUCAGUGUGUAGAGGAUGCAUGUGGAGACUCCUGCUCUUCCAGGGACAUGGAUAUGUGUGAUCAGAUUGACGGAGACCAGCAUCUUGUAAACCUGAUGGAUAACUGGGGGUACGCCCCCCUUCAUCCAGACAACCUGCCCUCCUUUCCACCCCUUCACAGGGGCGUACACCUUACAGUUGGGGCCUGUAUACUUGUGGCAGGUUUGCUAGGAAGUAUUUCGAAUGCCACUCUGAUCUCUAUACACUACAGACUCCGUCAACACAUCCUUGAUCCAACAGGCAUUUUGUUGUUGAACUUCUGUAUUGCGAACUUUCUAAUGUGUGUUCUACAAUUUCCUUUCUCUUCAACCAGUAGUUUCGUUGGCAGCUGGGUGUGGGGAGAUACUGGUUGUCAACUGUACGCUGCUGCUGGAUUCUUCCUUGGUAUAGGAGUAAUCUAUGCUCUAGGAGUUCUCAUAGUUGAUAGAUACACUCAGAUAACAUUGAACCGUAGACCCUGUAAAACGGAUAUAUCUCUCUGGUUUAUGAUUAUUAUCUCCUGGCAUGCAGUCCUACUAUUUACAGCUCCUCCUUUACUGGAUGUAUUUGGACGGUAUGGUCCUGAACCUAGUGGAACAAUGUGUACUCUGGAUUUCUGGCAUGGAAACUUUAGGAAUUAUAACAGCUAUGUAUACUUUCUUGUAGCCUGUGGAUUUGUGGCCCCAACCUCAGCUAUGUUACUAAUGUUCCUGAAGUCAGCUAAAAGCAUAAAGGAUCCAAAUAUCAGGAAAAGAUGGAACAGUGUUCAGUUGAUCCAUCAUGAAGCUGUUGUUAAGACAUGUGGUUUCCUAUUCUUGGCAGCUAUGGCAUGCUGGACACCAUACGCAGUUCUGGUUCUCUGGACGGUUGUGUUUCCUCCAACAUCUCUUAAUAUCUACUAUACUCUCAUCCCCCCCAUCAUAUGUAAACUUGCACCUGGAGUCAAUGCAGUUAUAAUUUGGAGGAAUAUACCUAGGAUACAGGCGGGAUACAGGUACUUGAAGAGUAACCGGGACGGAUCGCUGCCCCCUGAGUUAGGACAGAUGGAUGGGUUCCAGGACGGAGAUGAGCUGGUUCAAGAGAAACUAGCUCCGACUCUAACUGUAGACUAGAAGAAGAAAUGGCAAAUGUCGGCUCUACACAAUGGGAUCAUUUUAACAUAUUAAUAAAGCAGUUGCUCACAAAAUAUAUCUUCUUAAUGGGUAGUUUCAAGGAACCCUCCAAGAAAAGAUGGCAAUGCCUGAUUUACAACGAUACCCUUAGAAGCUGUGCCUGAUCAAGUAUGAAUAAGAAAUCAAUGCUUAUCAUUUUGAAAGCUGAUUAUUUUAAACUGUGGUUUCUCUUCAAAAGUGCAGACUUGCAGAAAAACAUUUAGAAAUUAUUAGAUUUCAACACUUUCAAACCUAAAACAACAAUAUAUCUUCUACUUUAGAAUUUUCGUUAAUCAGCUUAAAGUUUUAACUUUCAAGGGUACCGUUGUGAAUCGGAAUUGCCACCUUUUCAUAGAGUGUCACUUGAAAAUACGCUUA